AUUCCCAUUGAAUGCACAAGAUUUGAAGCAAUAUUUAAUUAUAUACAUACAUUGGUAGCAAUGGAAACGAGAGUGGAUUACAAGAAUGAUCUCAAUCUCAUGGCAACCGAGCUCAGACUCGGCUUGCCCGGUUCGAACGAUAAGCCGAGUAUCAGAAACAACGAGAGAAGUUCACCCGAGCAGUACCCGAGUUCAAUGAAUAGUUCUAGCAUUACAAUAUCUGAAAAUGAUGAACAGGACAGUCCCCCUCCUGCCAAGGAACGAGUAGUUGGGUGGCCACCGAUUCGGUCAUACCGGAAAAACCGUUUACAAAACGCAAAAAGAAGCGGAGGUGAAGCGACGGGGAUGUAUGUCAAAGUGAACGUCGACGGAGCUCCUUAUCUCAGGAAGAUCAAUCUCAAGGUUUACAAAAGUUAUUCUCAACUCCUCGAGGCUUUGGAAAAAAAGUUCAAGCUCACCAUUGGUGUACACUCGGAGAGGGAAGGCUACAAUGGAUCUGAUUAUGCUCCUACUUAUGAAGACAAAGAUGGUGAUUGGAUGCUUGUUGGAGAUGUUCCCUGGGAAAUGUUCAUUUGCUCUUGCAAGAGACCGAGACUCAUGAAGAGAUCAGAAUAUAAGAAUACUUAAAGAUCGAAAUAAUUACCCGACAAGCAUAUGUGUACCAAGAAGAUUGAAUGAAGGAUAACUUCAUACCUAAGUUUUUACACGUACCUUCAAUUUCAGAAGUAUUAUUGAAGUCAUCAACGAUUAUAACGAUUAAUUGGACCGUAGGUGCGAUGAUAUACUUGACGGACGAAACCUCGAGUUUCGGUCCAGGAUGGCUGGGGCGACGCCAAGAAUAAACGAAGCAUUCGA